AUGGCUUCCAAUCUCACCAAUCCUUCCUCUCUUAUACUUGAUUCACCAGCAAUAAAACGGCAAAGAACUGAAUCAGGUUAUACAUCUAUCAAUAAUUCGGCGAGAAAUACAGAUACCUAUAACUCAGAUGUAGAUGAUGGAGAUGAUCUUUUUGCAGGCUAUGUGCCUGAUACACCAGCUGCUGCUGGAAAGUUCGAAACGCAGCCAACACAGAUUGUAAAUGCUGCUGGGACAUUCGAGACUCAACCUACGCAGAUUGUACCUGCUACUAGAAAGUUUGAGACACAAGCUACUCAGAUACUCGAUCGAUCUACCUCAAUGGCAAACCCGCCGUCUAGCUCCCCAGUUACCAAUAACUCGAACAAUGUACAGGUGCCGGCAUCUUCACCUCUACGACAGUCACCCACACCAAGGAAGAACUUGGCUUCUGCGAUGGCACCUGCUGGAACCGCAUAUAGAGCACCGUUUGGAAUAGCUCAAAAGCCUAUUGCGCCUCCAAGAAAGAUUAUCAACCUGGAUAGUGAUGAUGAGGGACCGUCGUUUGUUGGGGAUAGUUCUGACAAUGAUGAUCUCGCCAAGGCGGAUAUCAAACCUUCGACGUUCAUUGCCAAGAGUGCUUCUUUUGGAUCCACGGGUUAUCCAGAUGCUUCCCGACCGGUCAAUGGCAAUUCCAAGUUUCAAAAUGCUCUCGCCAAUGCCGCAUAUAAUCCACAGAAUGGAAAUCGACAGCAGGGUCCGGAAAGAGCUAGGCCAGUCCAGGAUAUAUCGAUUAAUGAUAUUGAGGAUGGCGAGAUCAGGGCGAAGGUCCAGCGCAUCAAAGACAUCUUCCCAGGGGUGUCUAUUAUGGAGGCCAAGGAUACUUUGAUCGUAACUAGACUCGAUUUCGAUGCGGCUUGUGGUCUCCUUGCCAAGAACAAACCGGUUGAGGUUUCCGACGACGACGACGACGAAGACGACGACGAAUUCCAGAUAGUCACUGCCUCGGAUAUGGCCGAGCCUCAGAUGAGAAGAGGUCUCGCGAAACCUAUCAAGUCAAUCAAAGACCGAUAUUCUUCUACACAAAAUCAGACUACCCAAAAACCAACUCCAUUACCCGCACAAGCCACUACACCACAGAAGCCAAAGAGAAGACUUAUGCAAGGACGCAGAGCCCCAUCUUCUCCUACAGCAGACUUUUCUCCUGCCAAGUUGGCUUCGUCUCCAGUCAAGUUGGCCUCUUUUACAGUUGCUCAAGAGAUAUCCGAUGAUGAUUCUGGCGUUGAGUCAGAGGAAGAAAUUGAAGAAGAUCCAGUUCUUGAGGAUCGACUACUCAAAUACUUAAAUCGUUGCUCAUUAGAGGAUCUUAUCGAACUGACCAAUACCACCAAGGCCAACGCGGCGGCAAUGUUAGCUGCUCGACCAUUCAGAAGUCUUAAUGCUGCGAGAAACGUGUCAACUGCAAAGGUUUUGAAGAAUGGCAAGAAGAGUACAAAGGCAUCGAUGGGGGAACGUCUUGUGGAAACUGCGUUGGAAAUGCUUUCUGGCUAUGAAGCUGUAGAUGCCCUUGUUAAGAGAUGUGAGGAACUCGCAAAGCCAUUGGAGGCUGAGAUGGCAAAGUGGGGGUUCAAUUCGUUUGGUACUCGCAAGGAAGGAGAAGGUAUUGAAUUGGUAUCUUUCGACGAUCUAGAGUCUCAACGUGAUUCCGGAAUUGGUUCUCCAAACAGUACUCCAUCCAUCAAUGGCGAGAACGCCGACGAGGACAAGAUUGUAUCCGCUAAACGCAGAAAGGCCACCGUCGAUUUUUUGAAGAAGCCGGCGCUUAUGGCAGAUGACGUUGUUCUGAAAGAUUAUCAGAUUGUUGGGUUGAACUGGUUGAAUUUGAUGUACGACCAGAACCUAAGUUGUAUCUUGGCAGAUGAUAUGGGUCUUGGGAAGACCUGUCAAGUCAUUGCGUUUCUGUCACAUCUUAUAGCAACUGGCCGAAAAGGCCCUCAUGUCGUUUUUGGUCCUGCUGCAGUAUUCGAGAAUUGGUGUCAGGAAUUUCAGAAGUUCGCUCCGAAUUUAGCCAUCCAGCCUUAUCAUGGUCCUGCAAAUGAACGUGUUGAGUUAGCUGAGUCAAUAUUGGAGAACCGAGAUGAGAUUCAUGUUAUUGUUUCUACCUAUGAUAUGGCAGUAAAACCUACGGACAAUAAAUUCUUCCGAAGAUUAAGAGCCGAUGUUCUUGUUUGUGACGAAGGUCACAUUUUGAAAAACGGAGGAACUCAGAAGAAUCAAGCAUUGAACAAAAUACCUGCUAAUUUCAAGCUUUUACUGACUGGUACACCUCUUCAAAACAACUUAGUGGAGCUGGUUACAUUGCUCGCAUUCAUUCUGCCAAACAUUUUCAAGGAACGAGAAGAAGAUUUGAAUUACAUUUUCAAGGCGAAGGCAACAACUCGAGAUACCGACCAUGGGGCAUUACUUUCUGCUGAACGUAUCACUAGGGCUAGGUCUAUGCUCACUCCAUUCGUUCUACGACGCAAGAAGCAUCAGGUUUUGAAGCAUCUCCCCACGAAGUUGUGCCGGGUUGAACGUUGUAGCUUGGAGACAACGCAAGCUAAAAUCUACAACGAGCACGCAGAUGCAGCUAAAGAACGAGCUCGAAAGCGUCUCGAAGGUGUCAAGAUUCCAGCUCUGAAGUCUGAAGAGAACAACCCUAUUAUGCAACUUCGCAAAGCUGCUAUUCAUCCUCUACUUUUCCGACGUCACUUCACAAAUGAGAAGAUUGAGAAAAUGGUCGAUAUUUUACGAAGGAAGGAUCCAGAUAACUUUCCUCCUUCUGCUAAACGACAUCAUCUUGUCGACGAAAUGCGUAAUGGUUCAGAUUUUUGGUUACAUACGUGGUGUGUUCUUUAUCCAUGUAUCAAAUCAUUUGAUGUUAAGAAGAAUGCCUGGAUGGACUCUGGAAAGGUCUCUGCUUUAGUGGAACUUGUCACGAAAUACAAGGAGAAUGGCGACAGAGUUCUUAUCUUCUCACAAUUCUCGCUCGUCCUUGAUAUUCUCGAAUCUGUGCUGAACACUUCCAAGAUCACCUACACUCGUAUUGAUGGCUCUACCAAGAUCGACGAGCGCCAAGCAUAUAUUGAGAGAUUCAGAGAUGAUACUGAUAUUACGGCUUUCCUUCUGACGACCAAGGCAGGAGGGACCGGUAUCAACUUGAUGUACGCCAACAAAGUCAUUAUCUUCGAUGGUAGUUUCAAUCCUCAAGAUGACGUUCAAGCAGAGAAUCGUGCUCAUCGUGUUGGCCAAAUUCGUGAUGUGGAGGUCGUCAGAUUAGUCACUCGAGGUACCAUCGAAGAGGCGAUUUGGAAGAUGGGUAGAAGUAAGUUAAUGUUGGAUGGUAGAGUCGCCGGCGAGGCAGGAGAAGAGGCUGGGGAGAAAGCCGUGGAGAAGAUGUUUCUCGAGGGUGUAACGAUUACAGAUGAAGAAGCCGCUCCGGUCGCUGAAGGACAUGAUUUGACGCCUAAAGAGGAUGCAAAGGGGAAGGGGAAGGGGACCGGGAAGAAGUUACCUGAGAGGAAAAAGUCGGGUACUUUCCUGGAUAUGGCGACGAAGGGGGCGGAUAAGGAAAUCGAGGAUGGAAUGCUUGUUUGA